CAGCGCAUCGGUUUACAUUGGCAUACAUUUGUUUCCCAUAUGAUUUGUGUUAGAGCCGUAGGACGCGUCUAAAUAUCCGUGUUGUUUUUAGGAAUAGCUGGUUCAGAUGAAUACUAUGGAUGCAAGCCUAAGAACACUUGCCAGGGUUUUCAGGAGAGAGUCUCAUCGAGUAUUAGACUCUGAGAGGACCACCAUUCAAGGGGCUGAUGGGAUGCUGAUGGUCCUACAGCUUGCAAUGGCUGAGGUCAACAAGAAGGAAUACGGGGACUUUGGAGUAGCAUUAAGUGAAGCUCUGGCUGUCUGGAAAUACUUCCUCCUGGAAAAGCUCCAGCUAUCCCCCAACGAUAUCUCUCCACCGCAAAGUUAUGACCUCAUCCGAAAAGAGUAUGACUGCUUUUUAAAACGGACGAACACUUUGGACUUGAUUGACGUCUUUGUCAUGUUUAAGGAGCUUCGGAUGAAUGAAGAACCAGAGGAACCCAUGACAGCUUUGCAGAUGUUCCAGUUUCUCAUUAGUGAUGUGAAGCUCUCAGAGAAGGAGUCUGUUCUUGUGUGUCCUGCUACACCAUCAAACAAGGCUGAUAUCUUAACUCCACAGAUAAAGCGAGUGGUCCGGAGAGUUUUUUGUUCUUACUUGGCUCUUUUUGUAAACUCGAAGAAUGACCUGGCCCUUGCAUACACAUUGGACAAUCCCAGUCGCUCUCUUGGGCACAUGGCCUUCACAGAUCUCAGACAUGCUGCCCGUAACAGCAGUUCGUCUCUCUUCCUGACAGUGACAUCAUUUAUCAGGGCAAUACAACUGGGAGGGAAGGGCUAUGCCCCACCUGAGUCUCACCCCUUGCGAAGGCACGUGAAGGGCUUAUCAGAGUUUCUCAGUUUCGUAGACCAGUGUCAGGAAAUCUUAGGAGAGACCCCUAGUCCAAGAGAAGCUGGAUUCAAGGUGGUGUCCAGUAUCAGAGCUGCUCUGGCCAAGGGCCGCAGUAAUGGAGACCCAGUAUACCGUGCGGCCGAUGACACCGCCAGAGAGCUCAAGGAACAAAUCGGGCAGAUAUGUACCGCCCAGGCACAGUUGCCAGUUGGAACGGGAAUCAGUCCGGCAAGGCCCAGAGCGUAUGCUAUAAACCACUCCACUGCAUAUGGGGGCAGAGAGACCGUAAAAGUUUUGAUGACCCUGUUGGAUGAAGAAGCACUAGCCCCGCCCUGCAGGAACAAGGCAGAACUGCUCUCUGAAGAUCAUGCAGCUCUUAAUGGGAGCGCUGGUGCCUGUCUUCUUGCCCUUUACAAAUCGCCAGAAGCUCCCACUGGAUCUUCUCCAAAGCCUUUAAGGAACCGCAUUUGCAGUCAACAAGAAAAUGUUAAGUCCAAGGUAAUACGUCCAACCAUCCGCUCUCAGUUUGCUUGUACAUACAAGGAUGCUGAUCUGCCCCUCAAUCGAGUGUUGGAUUUUCCCAGUACUAGCCAACUUCCUACCUGUGUGCACCCUGCGCCCAAACAAAACAUUACGGUGUCUGCAUCUGUGGAUUACAAGUUUGGCUCUACUGAGAUGGAUAACAGACUUGCAGUGCACGUGGACCCAGAGACCACUAACUCCAGUCCCGAAGGCCAGUCCGCUCUAGGGAAACAUAGUGGAAAUUCCUGGAAUGGAGCAGGUGGGAAGAGGACCCAGCCAGCACAGCUCCAAAAAGCAACGGGGACCUCCAAGAGAAAGCUUGCCAACCGAGAGUGCGUUGAACUGGGAAGGGAUGAGAACCAGCCCCCUCAGAAAAGACCCCCAGCCAAAGCUCCCAUUGGAGGACCAGAGAAAAAGAAUAGUAAAGCUGCCAGCAGGAAACUCCUAGCUGGUCAGGGCAAACUCACAAGCUUUUUCAGGCUGUAAUUUAUUCU